GCCGAGACGAGCUGAUCUUAGUUCUGAUGAAGCUUCGGCUUGGUGUUACUAACACACUGUUGUGUGACAUUUUCGGCAUAUCACAAGGGCUUUGCUCCAAUAUAAUCAACACCUGGAUUCCACUUCUGGCAUCACACCUUAAGUCCUUGAUCUUCUGUCCUGCAAAGGAGGUCAUCCUUCAGCACAUGCCCCAGGCACUGGGGAAAAAGUACCCACAGCUACGCUGCACUAUAGAUUGCACAGAAAUAUUCAUCCAGAAACCAAGACUCUUGGAGCUCCAACAAAAAACCUGGAGUGACUAUAAAAAACACAACACUGCAAAAUACCUGAUCGGGAUCGCACCAAACGGCAUGAUUUCAUUCUUGUCGGACGGGUAUGGUGGACGAUCCUCAGACAAGAGCAUCGUUCAUGACUCAGGUUUCCUGAACAAGGUGGACCCCAAGGACAUCAUCCUGGCAGACAGGGGGUUCACAAUAGCCAGCGACCUGCUACAGAAAGGAGCCCGCCUGGAAAUUCCACCCCCCAGCACUGGAGUCAACCAGCAGACCAGUGAGGCAGUUGCCAAAACCAAGAAGGUCGCAAAUGCAAGAAUUCACGUGGAAAGAGCAAUAGGUAAGAAACUCAAACAUCAAUUUUAUCAACAAGUCUCAAAACACUUCCUGGUUCAAUUAAAAAGUUCAGACUAGUAUAUGCUGAUACAAUGAAGUUUACAGUUAGUGAUUAAAGGUAAUCUUUUACUUUUUGCAGGGCGUAUAAAAUGG